UAGCGGUCCAGGGCACAGGUAACCCGGGUGCUUGGUGCGUGCGGCCUGGUCUCCGCCUCUCGGACGCCCGCCGCCAUCCGUAACCCCGGACGCCCGCCGGCAGCGCACUUUGCGCCGAUUCUCGACGAGAUGUACGCCGGGCGCGGCGCAUGGCUUCGAGUCCCCGCCGGCCACUGCGUAGUUUGCGUAGCGAACGGACGCUCGCGCAGGCGCAGGAGUGGGGCGGAGCAGCGGGAGCCGGGGAGCUGGAGCCUUGGUGUCCCGGCGACCGAAUCCCGCUUCCCCAGCCGCAGCCUGAAGACCUGACAUCGACUUCCUCUUAUUCACCAGGGCUGAGGGUGGACGCGGUGGGGAAACAACAUCUGGAAUCUUGAGGACAGAAGAAGAAGCCCCCCAAUCCGGAUUAUUGGAGGGGAAAGAGCAACCAAGCUUGAGGAGGGGGAGAGCGGGGCGUUGGGCGCCCCCGCAGCGGCCGCUGCCCUAAGCUCACGGGCAUCGGCCGGCUCUCCCCCUCCUGCCAGCCCGACACGAGCGACCAAGGCCAGGGACUCUCUGUGCCACUGCAUCCUCCCAUCUUUGCUCUGGGGCUGGCCCAGGGAGGGACACCCCCAACCCCCACUCCAUUUGCCCUGGAUAGGAAAGACCACCCUUACACACUCCAGAGUGACGGGUACAGGGCCCAGGUUACCCUUGCCCAUCCUCCCCGCCCCCAUCUCUGUUGAGGAGGAAAGGCCUGGCUGUCCCAACUUCUUUCCUCCAGAGUCCCCAUCUCUCGCCGCCUCCUGCAGUUCCCAUCCCUCCGUAUUUAUUUCCCUGGCUUCUGGCCAGGCCUCCAUCUCUGUCUCCGGGUUUCAGGCCUCCCUCCUUGACAUGGAGAGUAACCUGUCUGGCCUGGUCCCUGCAGCCGGGCUGGUCCCUGCACUGCCGCCUACAGUGACCCUGGGGCUGACCGCUGCCUACACUGCCCUAUAUGCCCUGCUCUUCUUCUCUGUCUAUGCCCAGCUCUGGCUGGUGCUUCUCUAUGGGCACAAGCGCCUCAGCUAUCAGACGGUGUUCCUGGCACUCUGUCUGCUCUGGGCAGCCUUGCGUACUACACUCUUCUCCUUCUACUUCCGAGAUACUCCCAGGGCCAACCGCCUGGGGCCCUUGCCUUUUUGGCUUCUCUAUUGCUGCCCUGUCUGCCUGCAGUUCUUCACACUGACGCUUAUGAACCUCUACUUUGCCCAGGUAAUCACGGGAACUGGUGUGGUGGGAGUAGGAGGGGCAAGCCCAAGGGUCCAAAGUCGUGAUGGGUAUCUCUGCUCCCAGGUGGUGUUCAAGGCCAAGGCGAAGCGUCGGCCAGAGAUGAGCCGAGGCUUGCUGGCUGUCCGAGGGGCCUUCGUGGGUGCUUCACUGCUGUUUUUGCUGGUGAACGCACUGUGUGCAGUGCUGUCCCGCCAGCGCCAGGCACAGCCCUGGGUCCUUCUGCUGGUACGUGUCCUGGUGAGCGACUCCCUCUUCGUCAUCUGUGCCCUCUCGCUUGCUGCCUGCCUCUGCCUCGUCGCCCGGCGAGCCCCCUCCACUAGCAUCUACUUAGAGGCCAAGGGGACCAGUGUGUGCCAGGCGGCUGCCAUAGGGGGUGCCAUGGUCCUGCUUUAUGCCAGCCGGGCCUGUUACAACCUGGCAGCUCUGGCCUUGGCCCCUCGGAGCCGGCUAGAUGCCUUCGAUUACGAUUGGUACAACGUAUCUGACCAGGCAGACCUGGUCAAUGACCUAGGCAACAAAGGCUACCUGGUGUUUGGCCUCAUCCUCUUCGUGUGGGAACUGCUGCCCACCGCGUUGCUGGUGGGCUUCUUCCGAGUGCACCGGCCCCCGCAGGAUCUGAGCACCAGUCGGAUCCUCAGUGGGCAGGUUUUUGGUUCCCGCUCCUACUUCUUUGACCGGGCUGGGCACUGUGAGGAUGAGGGCUGCUCCUGGGAGCACAGCCGGAGUGAGAGCACCAGCAUGUCCGGCAGCCUGGGCUCUGGCAGCUGGUAUGGUGCCAUCGGGCGUGAGCCAGGCUGGGGCGGGGCCAGCCAGACGAGGACCACUCCUCUGCUCUUCUCCCAGGUGCCACGACCUGGCAGCCACCACCACAGCCUCUAUUCCACGCCACAGACGUGACCUCCUUUCUCUCCCUUUACAGCGCCCAGGCCCCAGCUCCCCUUACUCCCAGCCCCUGUGCCAAGUACAUCUGCUGCUUCUUGCCCAGAAUGCCAGGGGACUGUGGCUGCCUUUCCCCUCUGGCCAGCUCCUUGCUGCUCCUAUGGUAGUGAGCUUGUGCCACCUCCCUACGAUAGGGUCAAGGCCCCCGGGACACCAGAUACCCACAGUGCCCUGGCAUGACCUGCCACCUCUGCUUCCACACUGGAGCCAGCUACCUCUCCUGUGCCUACCACUCAAUAAACAG